AUGCACGAGUAUCCGUGUCCGAAAGGCACAUACAGCAACCAGACGAUGCUGCAGAACGUGACGCAGUGCGUGUAUGCGCCGGGCGGAAUGUACGUCGACAUUGGCUCGUACACGCCGACGCCGACGGGACAGACAAAUGUCUUUGGUGUCAUUGGCAACCAGUGUCCACAAGGCUCGUACUGCCCCCAAGGCUCAAGCAACCCAACCCCGUGCCCCGCCGGCACGUACGGCGCCUCGCCCCAGCUGCCCAACGUCUCGUCCUGUUCGAUGUGUGACCCCGGCUUCAUCUGCCCGACGACGGGGCUCGUCAGCGCGUCGACAUUAUGUCCCGCUGGCUCGUACUGCCCUGGAGGGCAGGUCACCGGCGCAGAACACUCUUGCCCACUGGGCUCUGCAUGUCCCCUUGGGUCGAUCGUGCCGCAACCGUGCGCUGCGGGUACAUUUGCCAACAACACUGGCCAAAGCGUCUGUUCGCCAUGCCCUCCUCAGUUUUACUGCCUCAAUAACGCGUCUGUUCCAUUGCCGUGUCCGGCGGGGUACUUUUGUCCGAGCCAAACGCAGUUCGCGACGCAGUUUGCGUGUCCCGCAGGCUCGAUAAGCAACCAAGCACAGCUGCAGUCAGCGGCGCAGUGCGACGACUGUCCGCCGGGUCACUAUUGCAAUGGCCAAGCUCCGACAAAUGUGCCGUCCGGACGGUGCGCGCCAUCAUUCUACUGCAGUAAACGCGCUACUGGACCGCGACCCAACGACACGACGGGAGGUCUUUGUAGCCCUGGCUAUGUGUGCUUGGAUGGGUCGUCCGUGCCCAACCCCACCGAUGGUGUCACGGGCUUUGCAUGUCCACCAGGAAACUACUGCCCCAUGGGCUCGGCCUUCCCAGUUGGCUGCACCCCCGGCACUGCCUCGACACCUCGCCCUGUGGAUGGUGCGACCGGCAACAUAUGCCCAUUUGGCUUCUACUGUCCCCAAGCCACGACAACACCGCUCCUAUGCCCGGAAACCACCUACAGCGGCACCCUCGGGCAAGCUCAGUGCACGCCAUGUCCCGCCGGCUCGUUUUGUGACGGGGUCCUCACGGACCGCCACCAAGUGUGCCCCCAAGGUGCCUACUGCCCACCGAGCACGGGUGCCUCGCAGCCACCGUGUCCGGUCGGCUCGUUCAACAAUGGCACGGGUCUGCCGGCGAUCACCAAUUGCACCGUGUGCACACCCGGGUCGUUCUGCGCCAGCGUUGGCCUCGUGCAACCCACAGCGUUGUGCCAAGCCGGUUUCUUCUGCAACGCCGGUGCUGUCAACGCGUUCGGACAAACGACGAGUCAGCUCGUCAACGGAACAUUGUCUGCCAACGCGUCAUCGUGUCCGAGCGGUAGCUACUGUCCCGUCGGGACAUAUCAGCCGGUGCCGUGUCCUGUGGGGACGUACUUGCCGACGCGCGGUGGGCGGCAGCUGUCCGACUGUCAACUGUGCACACCGGGACAGUACUGUGAUACGACGGGUGCUGUGGCGCCGAGUGGCCCAUGCGACCCGGGGUACUUUUGCCAGCACAACAACGCCGUGGCGCGGCCGACCAGUAUGACGACGGUGAAUAGCAUGCAAUUGGGCGGCGGCGUGUGUCCGGUAGCCAACUUUUGUCCCGGUGGGUCGAGCGCGCCGACGUUGUGUGCGGCAGGGACGUACUCGAUCAGUACGGGUGCAAGUCAGUGCACGCCAUGUCCUGCAGGUACGACGCUGUAA